AUGCGUGUAUACAAUGAAAUUAUUUCAGUAGGAAGAGAUAAUUCUACAUAUAUUUUUGCACUUUGUGAUAAUGUUUCAACUGAAACUUGUCAAACUGCAACACCAUCUCAAUCAUGUAUAGUGUCAAGUGAUAACUCUACUGUUCGACAGACUGGAGUUUUAUCAACCGUAAAAAAGACACUUGUGGAAGAUGGUCAAGUACAAUAUGUAUAUACUGCGCCAGGAGGUGGACGAGGUGACAAUUGCCUUAAUAGAACAUCAACCUAUACAAUCUUUUGUGACAAGGAUAUAGUCACUGGCAAUUUUACAGAUUUAUCAUGUUCCUAUGGAAGUAGUAAUGAAUGCCAUUUUAAUUGUACCAUUCGUAGUUAUUGGGCUUGUUCAACUUCAUCUGCUUCUUCUCUUUCAAAUUCAUCCAUACCAUCAUUUUCAAAAAUAUUAACUAUUAUUUUAUUUUUAUUGGCCACCAUAUCACUAUGA